UCGUCAUAUUCUUUGGAAUGGAAAAGGUCCAAAUGUAAUAUAAAUUACUUAAAAACAGAUUGCUUUAUUAUCGCUAAUGCAGUUCUGACGGAAGUUUUGGCAGCUCUGCAGAUAUUUUAAAAUGUCAGGAUGUAAAGCAGAAUCUACUGACUCAUCUAAAGAAAAGCUUCAGUAUCAAACAAGCAAUGACAAAGGACAAAGUGAUCCAGUUGGCAAGUACUUCAAAGGUUACUCCUCAAUGGUGUUCCUCAAGAGAGGUAAGCACAAAAGAAGACAAAGUCGGAGCAAUCUAGUUAACCUUUCUAAGGACUUACAAGGAAGUGAGAAGAAAACCCCCAAUGUCGCAGCUAAGAAAGGUGAGGUUCUGGGUUUUGAAGAGGUCUCCAGUGAGUUUACUUGUGACUCUUCCCUUGUGGAGUCCUACCAUCUUAAUACAACCAAGGAGGCGAAGUUCAGUUUCAGAAAACUAGAAGAUGGCACUUUUGCGUUAGAAACCAAAAACUCUAAUGAGCCGGAAAAGUCUGAAUCUGGACUAAUGAAGAGAUCUUCAACAUCACGGCGUAAGAAGGGCCGUUACUCUCACAAGCCAUUGAAAAUUUGUUUCAAAAAAAGAAGCAAAGCCCUUAGGAAACCUUCAGAUUCACAAGAAGACUACAAAAAGGAAAGUACAAAUUUGCCUUGUUCAAUAAAACAAGAGGACAUUACCUGUGCUGCAGCCAACCAAGACGAAGAUUCUGUUCAAAUUCAGUCAACAGGCAAGACCUGGGCAACAUUUAAAAGACUAGUUACCCGUAGAAAGAAAUUAAACUCCUCCUUGAAAAGACCAUCCCAACCCAGUGCUCAACAAUUUGAAACCAACACAAGUGCUACUUGUAUUCAAAGUGUUUCACAAAAAAAAAGGUUCUCCAACCUUAGGAUUCCAUGCAUGAACUUUUCUAGAGGAAAGAGGUCUGCAAAUGUAACCCUAACGUCUGAAGACCUUCUCUGUACAAUAAAUUCAUCAGAAAACUGUGCAACAGAAUCAGUAGCUGACAGCGAAAGAAGUGAUGAAGUUUUGGCAGCUAAAUAUAGACUUCAAAGAUCUCUAGAUGUUGAGAAUAGGAACAGUGAUGGCAUCCUUGAUACUUGUACUGAAGAAUGUCCAAUAUCUGAAAACAACUUGGACCAAAAAGGGAUUAAAACGUGUGAGUUUGAUCCCCUAAAUAAGCAACAUGACCAGGAAAUUCAAUCUUCUCAAGAAAGAAAAAGUGAUUUGCAACAAGAUCUCAAAUUAAAAGUGAAUUCCAAAAGACAAUCUCAGUCUCCUGUUGAAGGACAAGAGCUAAUGUGUGAAGCGUCUGUAAAUGAUACACAUUUACAAAGCACUGAAGUAGCAAAUGGGCCUCUGCUAAAUGAAGACAUAUCCAUCCACGAAGAUAACAUCAGUCAUAUAACAGAGGUCCAAACAGAUGAUACAAAUACUGAUAGUGAAAAUGAACUGUCUUUGGUCAAUGACAUUUCUGAUAUAGUGGACCCAAAAUCUGAUAUAUAUGAAUUUCUUCUAAUAAGAACAGCUGCCUCUCUUGUUAGUAAGGUCAUUCAGCAAUCCAUUCAACAGAUAGUCACAGAAGAUGCUUUACAUAACCAUGUCCCAUGUAAAGCCUCAGAGAGAUUCUAUAUUUGAAAUACAAAUAGCAUUAAAACUGGGUUGUGGUUUCUGUCUCUUGA